UUCACCUUGAAAUAUUUGAAGAUGGGAUUGCCUCAAGUGUCUUCUAGCAGCAUUGCCGAGGAAGUGACAGCGUCUCUGUGCACAUUUAUGCAACCUCAACCUAGAGUUGCCGGAAUGAGCACCUGUGAUUUGAGUGGGAUGCAUGGAGGAAACCUCGGAAACCAUAUGCAGGUGGAUUUCACAUGCUCUUCUUUUGGAGAUCAAAGGAAAUCCAUCACAGAGAUUCCAAAUAGACCAGAUUCUGCCAAUGCACGUAAAGAUGUUAGUAGAUCAAGCAUGCAUGCAUUGAAGAUGAACUCUACGGAACAAUACUUUUGGUCAAGUCAGAGAAGCGGGCAGAAUAUUCAGACACCUGUUCCUAGGGUUGUUGGUUUUGAACCAAGAAUAUUGGAUUCUUCUCUUAAUUUCUUUAAUGGAAACCAAUAUUCUUCAAGUUCACUGACUGUCACAGGGGACACAACUGAGGCUGCUGGGUCAGCACACAGGAAGAGGUUAUUGUCUCCUUUGAAUGGAAUGCUUCUCAAGGAUCAGUUUAAUGGUGAUUCUCUAGACAUUGGAGAUGGGGUUCAUAAGAGUGGCUCUUGGGGAUACAAUGGUAGUUCAAAUGUUCCCACGCAAGAGCAUAAGAAAGCUCAUCUUGGCAACUCCAGUUAUUUUAAUUCUACAAUCUGGUCUGCAUCUUGUUCCCCGGAGUGGAAGAGUUCACCGGAUCACAACUGCAAUACACACUCCUCUUUUGUAUUUGAUGGUCAUUUGCUUGAAAGCAAGGAGCCACGAUCUCCGAAUCAGUUCAUAUCACCAUCUGGACUUGAUUGCUCUGGAGAAACAAUUAAGGUGAGGUCACAAUCAGGCGCUAUAGACAUAUCUUCAAGAAAAGUUGUGUUGCCUACACUUUCUCUCUCUCCUCUUGGUCCAAGGUUUUCUGAAAGAGUGAAAUCUCAAGAAUUAUGCAGGGGUUCUACGCCAAAGAUAGAUGAUAACAGUAUAACUCUAAAGGACAUAGAACAGUCACUUGAUGGAACAAUCUCAGGCAUAUCAUCAUCAUCCUGGAAAGAGGACGCCUUUAGGUUGGUAAGUGACUUAUCGGAAGAUGUUCAUGUUCAGCAGAAAAAGGUUGACCUCUGUAGUUCUGAGAGUUCUACCCCUGGGAUGGUGCAUCAAUGGAAUCAGGACUUGAAACCGAAGCCUAAAUGUGUUAAACUAGUACAAUCACUGACUGGACUGCCUGUUAGAAGGUCAUUGAUUGGUUCAUUUGAGGAAUCCCUGUUGUCUGGUCGAUUAUUGUCUGCAAAGGUUGGUCAGAGAAUUGAUGGUUUUCUUGCUGUUCUGAAUGUCACUGGGGGGAGUUUCUCGCCAAAAACACAGAAACUUCCAUUUGCAGUGACCAGUGUGGAUGGAGAUAACUAUUUACUAUAUUAUUCAUCAAUAGGUCUUGCUGGGAGUACGACACCAAACAAUUAUGGAAGCCCCAGGAUGAAGAGGAGCCUUAGCAUGGAUGAUUCACGAGCAGACAAGAACCGUUUGAGGAUACCUAUGAAAGGCCGCAUACAACUGGUUCUCAGCAAUCCAGAAAAGACACCUAUUCACACCUUCUUCUGUAAUUACGAUUUGAGUGACAUGCCUGCUGGAACCAAGACGUUUUUGCGCCAAAAGAUCACUCUAGCCUCUUCUGAACCAAGCUCUAAGGCUGGGAAUGGAAGACAUGCUGAUCCUGAUAAAGAAAAUGAUGCCAAGCCAUCUUCGAUCCUAGAUGCUGCGAAUUCUUUGCAGCUUAGUGACAACGAUGUGGAUUCAAACGGGUUUAAGGAUGUAGUGAAUCAGUACCAAAGAGAGAGAGAACACACAAAGCCCUGUUUUCAUGGUGAAUCCGAUGGUUGUAGCCUUUGUAGGUAUGAAAAGACCAGUGAGAUUAAUGAAAGUAAUUCUCUGCGUAGCCCUUCAAAAGUGAGCAAGAAUACCGCUGGUGCUGGCGUUCUGCGUUAUGCUCUUCACCUUCGCUUCUCAUGCCUUUUUCCUAAGAAAUGCUCGAGGUCGGUCCAGAGAUGCAAGUUAGACCUGUUAUCUGGACAAGCGACAAACAGUUUCGACAUUGAAGGGGAGCGGCGAUUCUACUUGUAUAAUGAUUUGAGGGUUGUGUUCCCUCAGCGCCAGACAGAUGCUGAUGAGGGCAAGUUACAUGUGGAGUAUCAUUUCCCUUCGGACCCGAAAUACUUUGAUAUCAGCAACUAAAAGGCAUACGAAUUCUCUUCUAAAAUAGACAGUUGCAUACUUGCAUCAUCUGUAGUCUCUGUAUACAGUGAUAGUUGUACAUUCAAAUCUCCAGUCAUCUUUUGGGGCAAUUCCCCGUUCAAUCUGUAAAUAACUGUAAUUAUCAAUAAUUAGUCUAUUUAAUAUGUUCUA